ACGUGGCUGGAAGGUCAUGAGAGAAGCAUCGAGAAUGUUAUUCAACUCGUUGAAAAAAAGAAGAAAUCAGUGAUCUUACAGUUAUGAAAUACAGAAAAAUAAAUGAAACAUAAACAGUUGGACUGCAUUCAUUGCCAUUCAGCAAUCAACACUCACUAGUACUCGAUAGGAUGAUGACCUAACGUUACGCGACCUAACAUUACUCUAGUGACAAAAUGAUCAAGCCAAAUCGAGUUGUCAGAGAAGAUUUAAGGACAAGCAAUCGAAAAUUAAGGUAUCAAACAGCCAUUCGUUUCUAUGGCGUAGGGCGCCGCCGCGACAUCCUGCGUCAACAUGAUGCAACCUCAAACAUGACGCAAUCAUCGCUCGCCGCUGAGUUUGUCUGUCUCGCGCCGCCGCCACUCGCCGUUCGCCGCCGAAAGAUGAGUGCAUCCGUGGCCCGACGCCGUCAGGACAUUGCUGCUGCCGGAUGCCCUGGGCCUGCUAUCCGAAGAGUUUGGGCAGUGGAGAUGAAUUUCGAAGACUUGGUGACCGGCAUCGAAGCGCAUUGGGCCCCUCGCCGUGGCCCUGAAGCAGCGUCUGCGGUCUCUGGAUGGACUCCCUCAAAGGCCGAAGACCGAAAUCCUGUUCUGCAACGUGGAAAGGGAAAGACGAAACCUCUUGACCCCCUGUGCACCAUACUUCCUGUGACACACCAAACUACCACAUUACCUUCAGGAAUAAAGCAUGAAACAGUGCAAAUGGGAGUGACAGAGACUGACAGAAUGUUUCCCGGAGGUCUGCAAAUGGAGGCAACGGAGACGCAAAUCUCAACACCUGGAGUCCCAGAGCCAGCCUCGCCUCACUCUGGCUUAGGCUCGUUGCUUUCAACUUCCGCCUCCUCUUCCCCGGUGUUCCAUUACUCGGAUAUUUCACCUCUGACUUCGUUUGACGCGUCGCUGUUCGAGUCGAGCGCAGCGUCCGAGUUCUCGUUUAAGGAAUCCCCAGCCUCGUCAGAUGAGUCUUUGUCUUACACCAUUUUCAUCCCUGUUUCCCUUGCGUCGCCCUCGUCUCUGGAUUCCACGGCAGAUGCAAGCGGACAGGACUCUGCUGCCGGGCCUGUGCGACGCAGGAGCAACAGAAAGCGGACGCAGCCGUACAAGCUGAACGACUCCUUAGUCUCCUGGGAAGAUGCAAAAGGAGAAGACGAGGAUACCCAUGACGCGGAAGGGGCACAAGACAACAAGGGACCAGCCCCUCCUGUAGAAGCCAGAGCCUCCACGUCCAGACACGCCGGCAACAGCUCGCCUGAGGAUGAUGCCAUUUUGAUAAAGAAAUUCCUCAGGAUAAGGAAUCUCAACAACGAGGCCUCGAAGCGGAGCAGGAAGAGGAAGCUGGAGAAAAUAAAAGCAAUGGAAAAUGAAGAAAAGGUUCUGGCACAGAAAAAUCAGGAGAUGAAGAAGACGCUGAACAUGCUGCAGAAGUUGAAAGCCAAACUAAGUGUUGAAAUUGGAAAGAUUUUCAAGCAAGCAACAGAAUGAAUGAUAACAUUUGAUGUUUUGAAAACUUUUAUGAAAUCCUUGUAUUUUAUUGUAAUAAAAAGAACAAAGCUCUUA